AUGAAGCUGUCCGUAUCCUCCGCAUUUGUCCUCUUGAUGACAACGGCACAUGCCUUUCAAGCUAUCAGCCCUUGCCGGGCCAAUGGCAGCACUGCGCUGCAAAUGUCCUCUGCUGCCAUCAAUAGCAACAGUGGUGACGACGCUCCUGCCCUCAAAAGCGCUCCUCCGCGACGUGUCUGCCUCAUGGUGGAACCAACUCCCUUCACUCACGUUUCUGGAUACGCCAAUCGUUUCAAGGAAAUGUUGAAAUUCAUGCAAAAGGCUGGAGACAAUGUCGAAAUCAUGACUGUGGACAGCAAAACCCCAAAGGAGAAACUUCCCGAUGAAGCCUUUGGAUACAAGAUUACUCACACUAAGGGAUUCACCUUUCCCUUGUACAAUCACAUUAGUUUGACCUUUGAUUUUGAAAUGAAGGGUGCCCGCGUCUUGGAAAAGUUCAAGCCAGACUUGAUUCAUGUUACCAGUCCUGGAUUCAUAUUAUUUGCCGCCAUUUUCUACGCCCGAGUCAACAAAAUCCCACUCGUCAUGAGUUAUCACACUCACUUGCCCAGCUACGCCGUCAACUACUUGGGAUUCAUUCCAGGAAUUGAAAAAUUCGCUUGGGAUCUUUUGAGAUGGGCGCACAGCCGUGCUGACUUGACCUUGGUCACUUCUCCCCAAAUGCAAGAACAAUUGACUACCGAAGGUAUCCCUCGCGUCGAUGUCUGGCGCAAGGGUAUCGAUACGGAACGGUUUGACCCCAAGUUCAAGAGCGCCGAAAUGAGAGAAAUCAUGACAGAAGGAAACCCUGAUGACUUUUUGAUGGUAUACGUUGGACGAUUGGGUGCUGAAAAGAGACUCAAAGAUAUCAAGGCCAUGCUCGCCAAGAUGCCCAAUGCUCGUUUGGCAUUGGUUGGAAAGGGUCCUCAAAUGAAAGAAUUACAAGAAUACUUCAAGGAUACCAAAACCAAGUUUAUGGGACAGCUUAAUGGAGAUGAACUAUCCCAAGCCUUUGCUUCCGCUGAUGCCUUUGUCAUGCCCAGUGAUUCCGAAACUCUUGGUUUUGUCGUCUUGGAAAGUAUGGCCAGCGGCGUUCCAGUGGUUGGUGCCAAUGCCGGUGGAAUUCCCAGUUUGAUCAAGGACGGCGAAGAUGGUUUCUUGGUCGACCCAGAUGACCUUGAUGGAUACGUCGACCGCCUCAAACAAUUGCAAAAUGCCAAGUUCCGGGAGCAAAUGGGUAUCCGUGCUCGUGCCGAAGCCGAACGUUGGGGUUGGGAAGCGGCCACUUCCGUAUUGCGAAAUGUGCAAUACGAAAAGGCCUUGGCCAACUUCAAGUCGCGUGCCUUUGGAGGUUUGGGAAGACCGAAGACCAAGGGAGUCUGGAGACUCUUCCGCAUGCGCAUUCAAAAGAUCCUACGACGAUUGGGUUUCGCAAAGAAACAAACUCCAGCUUUGGAGUCAUAA